GCCGCGCCGAGGCGCUUGGCAGACGGACAGCGCCGGGUCGGACCGGAGAGCGCGCGGGGAGAGCGGGCGGCGGGGAUCUCCGAGCCGAAGCGCGGGCCGUGACUCAGGGAACCCUCGUGAGCUGCAUCAUGGGAGCAGUGGUAGUUGAUGAUGGUCCAUCUGGCGUCAAAGCUCCUGAUGGAGGCUGGGGCUGGGCUGUCCUUUUUGGCUGUUUUAUCAUCACAGGAUUCUCCUAUGCCUUUCCAAAGGCAGUCAGUGUCUUCUUCAAAGAACUUAUCCGGGAAUUUGGCAUUGGAUACAGUGACACUGCAUGGAUUUCCUCCAUUCUGUUGGCCAUGCUGUAUGGAACAGGUCCGCUGUGCAGCGUGUGCGUCAAUCGCUUUGGCUGUCGCCCGGUCAUGUUGGUAGGCGGCCUCUUUGCCUCCAUGGGGAUGGUGAUAGCCUCCUUCUGCACCAGCAUCGUUCAGAUCUACCUCACCGCAGGGGUGAUCACUGGUUUGGGUCUGGCUCUCAACUUUCAGCCUUCGCUCAUCAUGUUAAACCGCUACUUUGACAAACGCCGACCUUUGGCCAACGGGCUGUCAGCUGCUGGGAGCCCAGUGUUCCUUUGUGCCCUUUCACCUCUGGGGCAGAUACUUCAACACGAGUAUGGUUGGAGAGGAGGAUUCCUUAUACUGGGUGGGAUGCUGCUCAACUGCUGUGUAUGCGGAGCGCUAAUGAGACCUCUGGAGCCGCCCAAAAAAUCUGAAGCUACCAAAGAACCUGCUGAGAAGAAAGCAAAGAAAAAACUCCUGGAUUUCAGCGUGUUUAAAGAUGGUGGUUUUGUGAUCUACACGCUAGCAGCAUCUAUCAUGGUGCUCGGCCUCUUUGUUCCCCCAGUUUUUGUUGUGAGUUAUGCCAAGGAUUUAGGGUAUCAGGACACCAAAGCAGCUUUUCUUCUGACGAUUCUGGGAUUUAUUGAUAUCUUUGCUCGUCCCAUUUGCGGAAUAGUAGCUGGUCUCAAGUGGGUUAGACCACGUUGUGUCUACCUCUUCAGUUUUGCUAUGAUUUUUAACGGCUUUACAGAUCUCAUGGGCUCCAUGUCUGUUGAUUACGGUGGCCUGGUGGUCUUCUGCAUUUUCUUUGGCAUUUCUUACGGAAUGGUAGGUGCUCUUCAGUUCGAAGUUCUCAUGGCUAUUGUUGGCACUCAGAAGUUUUCCAGUGCUAUUGGCUUGGUGCUCCUGGCAGAAGCGGUGGCGGUUCUGAUCGGUCCGCCGUCAGCAGGAAAACUCCUGGAUCUGACACGGCGGUACAUGUUUGUCUUUAUUAUCGCUGGAAUUGAAGUUACCACUUCAGCGCUGGUGCUGGCCUUGGGAAAUUUCUUCUGCAUUAAGAAAAAACCAGAAGAACCACACACAAAAGAAGCAGCAGCAGAAAGAGAGGAAUUAAACAAAUCUGAAGACAAAACUGCCGAGGAUGCCAAGGUGGACUCUAUUGAGGUGGAGCAGUUCCUAAAGGAUGAGCCCGAAAAGAACGGCGAGGUCGUAACCAACCCAGAAACCUGUGUGUGAGCACAGCACAAAACCCACACGGCGUUCGGAAGAGGGUCAAACAGAAUUUCAACACUAUUUAUUUUAGAAAUAGAACUAGCUUAGGGCUGGGCCGUCUGCUUUAUUAACUGGAGGCCGGUCAGCUCAUCGGGUCUCUCUGGAAGCUGAUUUUACUAGACAACCUUUCAUCAGAAAAUUAGCUUUAUCAUUGAAAGGUGAAACGUUGUGGUUAUACUUUUAAUGUAAACAAAAAAGCUUUUCUGAACACAAGUAGAGUUUUGCCAUGCAUCACCAGAAACUGCUCACUUGGCAGAGAUUGAGGAAGGAAUUAUGUGUACGCUUUCAGAUAAUACGGGUGAAAUUGCUGUGUUGUGUGGCUAAAUGUAAUUUCCCUUCCUGUGCUUUUUGGGAAGGGGAAAGAGGUUGAGAUGGAGAAAAAUCUCAGGAACUUAAAGGUCUCCAUUAGGUCUUUGAAUUUCUUACUUUUUUUAGACUUUCAGAUGAAUUGGCUCAGCCCUAGUCUAAUUUUGAUAAUACCUGUUACUUUGGUUUAUGCAAAUGUAUUUCUAUGAGUUUUGUCUAAACCUGUAGUCUUUGUAAUUGUCAUCUGGAAACACUGUCCACAGAAAGGCACAUUGCAGGCACUGUCCUCAGCUGAUCACACAAGCCCUGAUCCUAGGGAAGGCUAAAAGGAAAAUAAAAUGAAUAGAUUCGAUCCGACAGACAAUAAACAAAGUUCAUCUCCGUUUGUAUACACUGCUCGCAGUUCAGCUUCUCUGCAACACUGAAAAUUAUUAAGGUAUCAUCCAGAAGAUGGACAGGAGGCUUAGUAGAACCUUCUGAAAGUGUUUUUGUUCUGUACAUAAAUUUUAAUUGUCCAGAUGACAUCUAUCAGGCACGUGGCCGUUGGGUAACUUAGGGGCAAGGUUGGGACUGCUUUGAAACAUGUUACUGUUACAUCUUUAAUAUGCAACAUCAGCAACACAUUCUUCCUUUAAUGUUUAAUUUACCCCACUUCCCUCUGCUUUAUUAAUCUAUAGAAGUUCAGAGGGCCAUUGUGGUUGCUUAAGAUGGUGGAACUGCUGAUCUCAUUUUUGACGGCUCUGAAUGAGAGCUCAUCAAGAGCUGGGCCUGCUCUGCUGCUCUGCUCUGCUGCCUGUUUGCUACACCAAGGCUCUGUGUAUCCUUACAUUGUGCUUGGCAUCAGAUGAGGAAGGGGAAGUAACACAAAUGGACCUGACAAGACGGGCAGCACUGGAGAAAUGCAGAAAGGGAAAAGAUUCACUGUGAGGACUUCAAGUAGGAGAAGAAGCUAAAAGGAAGGCAUUCUCUAUUACAUGCAUAAAAAAAUAGAGUAUACUGUCUAUACUACAUUUUUUUCCCCACAAACACAUUGAAAAUAUGUAAUAUUUGCUAUAAAUGAUGCUAUUUCAGCCCAGUUUUCAGAUGCAUGUAUAAAAAGCCCUGUGGGAUUUAUGAGUGCAGUAACGAUCUUCAAAAUAGGCUUAAUUGCAAUGGAUUCUAUUUUCUUCUCAGUAGGGAAUCUAAGGCAGUAUACAAAAGAAUUAGUUGCCCCACGUGAUCAUUUUAGGAGAUACAGUGCAACCAAGGAAAGGCCAAAACCACAACCCAUGGGAUUAUUCUGGAAACCAGCUUCCACUCUGCUAAUUCCUUCACGAUGGUUUUGCAUUGCUAGGACAAAUUUAAAUCUUAGGAACACCAUUUGAUUCUUUUGGUAGCAGUUUUAAGCAGAAAUGGAUGCUGCACUCAAUAAAGUGUUUAUUUUUUAUAUUGGAUACAGUGCAGUCCUCUUUCCUUUUCUCUCCACUGCCUUGACUUCCUUUGAAGGAAUCCUCCACCUGUGCCAGCUGCUCUGCCUGGACAACCACGUCUGUGUUAAGCUGUGCUGGGGCUUCUGCCCAACUGCUUCUACAGCCAUAGCAAAAUAGGCCUUCACAUUCAGCUCCUCCUAAUCCAAGAUGUACAAAAAGAAAAGCCCCAAAAACCCAACUAACAUCUACUGCAUACUAGAAUGGAAGGAUUGUAUCUGAACCCUUUAGCAAGAGCAGCCUGCUUUUUAUGAAUCUCACUCUGCUUAUUGCAAACUCAUAAGGAAUUGCCUUCAAACUCUUUCAGGACUUUUUGGUGCAGCAUUGCUUUAAUCUCAGCACUGUUGAGGUGGAAAUCCCUGAAUUCCUAACACCCCUUUGUGCUCUUGUACUUGGAAGAAACAGGCGGCCAGUCCAAGAAUGGCUGAAGAGGUAACAGUGGGGUGCAGGGGCAGUAGAGCUGCACAACAAGAUGUGGAUGAACCCUCCUUUGUUCAGCCUGCGACUUGGGUGGAAGACAGCUAGCUACACAUGUGUGUCAAAGGCCGUGCUGUCAUUUGCUUUCCAUCACACACUGCUGGAGCACAUGUAACUGCAGUCAGAAACCCGGGUGCAAUAUAUCCAUGUCUGUACCUGCAUAUAGAAAGCAACUGACAGAUUGCUUUGCAGAUAUUUCUCCAGAACUGAUGAAGAAUCUCUUAGCACACAGGCUAGCAUAAUUCUAAAGUUGUUUGGGCCUUUGAGCGUUCUAUGAAUUGAGAUGAUAUAAAGGACUGAACAGAUUGUUAACAUUUAAACCCAACAAAACAGGUGUUAGGUGAUGUAAAAUCAUCCUGUAACCCAACCACAUUUCACAAUAAUGGUUCCCAAUGCACUCACGUACACACCUUUGUUCUCUCCCAAGAAAAGCUUAAAUUUGGUAGAAAGCCCCAAGGGAUCUGCAGGAGCACGCAAGCAUUACAUGUGACAACAGUAAGUACUGAUUUGUGCACAUCCCUCUGUCUGUCUACUGCAGGUCUCUUUGGGAUGACAGGAGUACACUUUGGUUUUGUGCAACAAGAUGAUUUGUUUCCUGUUAAUGCACUUUAAUGUUACGUGUACGUUUAUACCUGGAUUUGUUUGAUGCUUUUCUAGUAAACUGUUGCAAAAAUAGUGAAUAAAUAUUUAUUUGGUUAUCAAAAGCUGUGGAUGUGAGAAAAUGAGAUUAGAAAGAAAAAUGUUACCACCCAGAUUUGGUGACUGGGCUCUGUUGGAUGUGCUCACAGGGCCAUACAGCAGCAGUGUCAGCAUCAGCAGUGUCGUGAUCCCUGUGAUGCUCUUUACCACACUUGGAUCUUGAAAGCUUCAAAGAAAACAUUAAGAAUGCACUUGUGGUGUUUUCUGGGCACCUGGCUGAGACCUUCCCAAAGUGCAUUCCCAAGGCUGCACCCAAGUGUAUCAAAACCACAGUUCCUUCAGUGUAGGAAGAGCUCCGUUUUGCUAUCCAGAAGCAUGGGGAUUUGGAAAGUUCAAAACUAUUUUCACAUAAUUCUAAGCAUUUCUGCUGAGAAACCUUGGAGGAAUCUCUCCAAGUACAGCUUCAAAAGUUUCUGUGUAUGUACACUUUGAAAAUCCUAGAUCUAGUUUACUGUAUAUAGCUAUAUACACGUCUAAGGUAGAUAUCUAAAUAGGUACUGGAAUAAAAGUAUGGUCACUUUUUAAUGCUAGUUUAGUUGGAGAGGUGAGACUUAAGGUCUAACCAAAAGCUUUGCUAUCCCACUCACCAGAUCAAACCACGUUCUGCUGCAAGAAUGAACGUUACCAGGUAGACCAAAGCCACAGAAUUAGCUAUCACAUGCUUAUAGCACAUCCAUGGGAGAGAAAACCAGUUUUACCUUUGCCUCUCUUACUCUCCUGAGCCUGAAACAAGAUGGACAUCCACUGUGAAGGAAAACGUGCAUGGCCUGAACUGCACUGCUCUCUGACCCUGCUGCUGGACCUGCAGUGAGGAAACCAAAGUGCUGAAGGAAGGCGACCUGCUAACAUUUGAAGAGUGAACAACUCUGGAAAUAGCAGGGGCAUCGCAAAUGAGAAGCAAUGGCUUUGGGAUGUAUAUCUUAAUGGCCUUGUCAGUGCUCAAGGCCCAGAGCUUGUCUUCACGUGAGUAGAAAGAUGCAGAACUUACAGCUCUUAAGUCUCUCUCCAGUGACACAACCUGGAAGGUUGGCAGUGCUGUGUUCAUCUGAGACAGCAAGGAAAGUGAAGAGGCACACAGAGUAAAGGACUACUUACCUCUAAUUACGUGCUGCUUGUUCUUGGACCAGUUUCAACACCUGCUUUGCUUUCUCAGCAAUAUUCCAGCUGGCAAAUUCCUCAUUGACCCUCUGAAUACUACAAAAAUGAGGAUAGCUCUUCCCCUUCUGACUCUUUGACUGUUGCUGUUUCAGAACUUAAAACGCUCUCAGUAGAAAGCCAAAGCCAAUAAAGAACUGCAUCUAGAUUUUAAUCUUUACACUUUUUAAUUGAAAAAGUCUUUUUAGCCAUGCAGAAAGAAGUGCAGUAAGAUCUACAGGUUCACAGCAUCAAUCUUAAAAUGCUACUUUUUAGCAGUGGGAACAGAGAAACACAUUUUCUUCCCAGCUGGUAAGGUAUCAAAUGAUUUCCUACUCUGCUCCACCCCUCCCCCCUCCAGCAUCUUGAACGGCCACAGGAGACAAAGACACAGACAGCAGCAGACUGGGGCUUAAAGCAUUAGGAUACAGCAGAUAAUUCCCUCCUUUGCCAUGUUCCUAUUUGUUCAUUAUAUCUGUUUUUUUUUUUAAUGGCUGGUUCUUACCCACGUCUGACAGUGCAAACUUCCCCCGUGUAACAUUAAGAGAUGAUACCAUGCUAAAGAAGUUUUGCCUUUUAUGUAUUGUGCUGUUUCAUGGACUGUGUAUAAAUAGAUGAUCCAGUUUUCCUGUUGUCCAUCUGCCUGCAGCACGCGACAGUUUCAUUCAAAGAACACAAAUCAUUCUAUUUCUGUUCAGGAGAAAAACCCCACGAACAUCUGAGCAGUGUCCUUGUGCACAUACUCACAGGAUUCAGCUCACAGGAUUCUGCUGUGAAACAGAUUCUCAGUGAGGAUGGGGCUGCUGAGUGCUCUCCUGUUACAAACACACUGCAUGGCAAAGUGCUUCACACAAUACAGAUUCACAGUGAAACGCAGGCCCUGAAAAACCAAUGCUGUUUUUAAUAAUGAAGUGCUGCAAUCUGUAAGGGCAAAAACAUGCUAACGUGUCUCAUUCAGUUAACUGCAGGAGCUGCACUGUUGUAAGAUUAAAUCCAUGGUGGAUUAAGCUUCCUCACAACUGAAUUAAACCUACAUUUCUGACCAUAUGGUUCAGCACUAUUAAACAAACAGCAGCAUUGUUUGUACACGUGAAACGAGCAAUGUUAAAAGGAGCUGCUUUUGCCAAGUAGAAUUACAAAACCCCAUAAAAUAAAUACUUUUAUUUUGUUCUUUUACAAAGAAAAAAUAUGACUGAAAAGAACAGGUUACACUGCAGCCGAUGAUCGACUCACACAUCCAAAACCCCACUUUAAAGGUUGGGAAACUCCAUUUCUGUGAGCGUUGCCCCAAGCAGUUUUUACAGAGCAGCUGCCACUCGGAUUUGUAACACAGAAAGGCAGACACAGGAGCUGUGCUGGGCAGCCCUGCUCCGCUGCAGAAGGAUGAGGUGCUGCCACGUGCUGCACAGCUUCCUCCAAGGGAGCUUUCAAGUUCGUUGGUGAUGCUAACGUGGAACACACAGACUACCUGCAGGCCUUUACUUCAGUACCUCUGCUACAGGGUAACAUUUAUUUUCAGUUAUUUUCAAGGUAUGUGUACCACAGAGAGGUCAGGAACUUGGUAGCCAUCACGGUUAUGUACAACUGGAGCACAGGUGAUGUUUUCCACAUUAAAGUACAUAGUUUUAAGUGAGAUUAAACUAAUAAUACUUCCAGCUUUUCAAGGCCUAUUCAUCAGAAACAGAGUACUCCUCAAGCUAUUUGCCCUCAGAUCUCCUUGUGAGGACUACAUAGCAAAAGCUGGUACCACACAAGGCAUUGUGGGCAUAGUUGCUUUGCUCCUACCUCCUGGAACCAAUCCAGUCUCAACAGCAGUUCUUUCCUGUACCUCCUCUCACUACAAUGCAUCACUUGUUAGAUAAAGCUCUUGUGAAGAUGACUUCUAGAAAAGCAGCAAUACUCAAACAGAAACAUACAGAGACAGAAGAGGUGCCCUCUGCCAGCAAAGCAAUGGAUGUCUUUUUUCCCCCUGCCUACCUUACAUUCUUCAUUCUGCCCCUCAGUCCUUCAGCUGACAUUCUAGCUAUCACCAUUUCAUCAAACCUUUGCAAUGGACAGCAUUCUAUGUACAGAAAUCAUUAAAAAAAUGAUUAAAAAAUGUUACAUCAAGUAAACAGUAAAGAGUCAUUUUAAGUAAGUUACACCAAAGAAGAAUAGAAGUCACUAUGAAUGUAUUUACACAAUUGUUAAAGUACACAAAUACAGUGGUAGUACAAAUGAAGUGCUCUGAUACUGGUUUCCAAUACACAGGUUUAUACAGACAGCCUAACGAUGUCCUGCAUGAUGGAGUUUAACUGUUACGAAGGAGAAAAACUGCCCACAACUGAGAACAAUUCUAGAAGUCUGCAAUCACCUUUAAGUAUAGCACAGCAAUCUAAUGUUCCAGAUACAGAGAGAAUAAAGAGGCUGCUGCCUUUGCAAUCCCUCUAGCAGUACGUUAUUAACCACAGAUAUUUACAAGGAAAGCACGGUGAAGUGUAAAACUGUUCAAAUGUUGGUGCACAUGCCUAAAAUACCAAAGGUUAUAGUGACUGAGGAAAUAAUUCUCUUAUGCAAACUUAUAUGGAUCCAGCUCUGUAGCUUUCCCACUACACUAGCCAAAACACACUGCCCCUCAGACCCAGCACAAGCAAAUACUCAAUGUCCUGAAAUCACCUGAAAACAGCCAAAGGAAAAUGAAUUGUGUUUAAUCAAUGGAUCUUUUUGGGGGGAGGAAACAGUGAAUUUGCACAAUUUUAAAUUAAAAUCAUUCUUCCUAAAACUUGGAAGGCCAGUAAGCCUUUAACAGUUUGGGUUUUCAGCAGGGAAGAAUUUCUUGCAGUAAGUAACCUUAAACGACCCUCACAUGUGCACUUUCAUUCCCAGCAUGGAACCUCUCAUGACUCCUGUAAUAAUGGUAUGAAGAGGACUUCUGGUACUGUUUCAAGCACUACUUGGACAAAAUACUUAUUUCUGCAUUAUGAGACUGUUUACAGUGGCAAUAAUAUAAAGCAUUUCCCAUAUUUAAUAAGGACAUUUUUGCUAACAACACCUGCAACAGUUUUUUGGACAACCAAAGCGAGCCAUCCAUUCCUAGCUAAUGAUUCUAGAAAUACUCAGGUUGAAUACAGUUUGGAAUUAAAUGUGGUACACACCUGAGUUCUAAAAAUCCUCAGGAUUUCACAGCAAGAAUGCUUUAAUUCCUUUUCGAGCCUUGGCAUGAAACAGAAGGCGUGAAUCAAAAGUGUGGCUGGGUUCUGUCUGAUGCUAAAUGCGACAUUCAUUCACCCAAGUGGCAACAUGCAUUGCCCACCUGCAACACCCUCCAACCUAACCCACCCCAGUGCAGGAAACAAAAUGGUACCAACAAAAGCAGGAUUUGAAACCACCCGUUUAAACUCCAGUGUCUUUCACUUUGUUCUUCGCGUCCUUAACAAAAGAAACUGAUUUUCACCACUUCUCCUACACUGAGGCUCUCCUGGAGUCUUCCAUUCUCUUUUAUGCAAAAGAACAUCAAGAAUUCCUUUGUGUUACACGGGAGGUAAAUGCUAAGUGUGAAUGAAGACAUUGAACAGUAAAGUAAAACUCUCAACAGUUUUAAAAAUCGUGAGAAAACCUCAGUCAGAAUGAGACAUACAAAGAAGUGAACGUUUAAAUACAAUCAGAUGACUUUGAUUCAUUUACAUGCUCCCUGCCAAACUGAUUUUUUUUUUUUAAACAAAUUUCAAGUCAUUGUCUUUAGUUUAGGAUUGCUUGUAUUCUACAUUUUUAAAUCAGAGAAAAGCAAGAGUUCUUUACAGAGAAUUAAGCCAAUAAUUUUAGCAAAAUGAUACAAAAACUUCCUUAAACCAAGUAAAAGAUUUAUAGUUACAGUGGAAUAAUAAAAAGGGGGUAAAGUCUGCCGCCUGUGGAGGGAAAACUGAAAUGGCCAUCCAGUAACAGACGGUCAACUCUGUAAACCAUCUUUCUUCUCCAGCCCUGUUUCCACAGGGUUCUCUUAAGGUCACUGGGUUUCUGGCAAGUGUCCUGUAAUGGCAGCUGCUGGAGUCUGUCCAUGUUCCUCCAAGUGCCUUUUAAGUCACAUGGAGAACUCCAGUCGUAUUGUUUCCACUCUAGUUCAGGGUAUUUUUGCUAGUAAAGCCAUUGAUAACAUAGGAGAUCAGCCAUGCAUUAUCUGCCCUCCAUGGCAAAAUAAAUGUUCAUCGGUGCACAGUGGACUGGAGAACACCGGUAGUUACCCGAGCAGGAAUCUACCAAAGCCAAAAACAAGACAACAUCAGCACAAAUCCUUCCAGUUAAUGCAAGAGUGGCUCUCGACGUAUUUUCAAAUCAUUUGGUGUGAAAAGUGAGAAUGUGAAUUAAUAAUCAGUGACUACAUGGUGUUUUGCACCCACCUUCAGCUACACGAAGUCCCCUGUAUUUUCCUCCUUUAUUAGAAAUCAACAUGGAAAAGUUACCUUUCCAGCCAGGAGAUGUUUUGAAGAUAAGUAAACAGAACACAAGCAUGCACAGAAGAAAGACCCAACCAGAUGAAAUCUCUACCAGUGUGCAGAAAUAGACUAAAUGAAUAAUAAACCUUGGAAAAAAAUCCCAAAAGGUUAAAAAAAAAAAAAAAAAAAGCAUAUAUAUAUAUAUAUUCUCAGUAGCUUUUCAUUUGUUGUUGAGCACUGUGUUAACUCACUGCACGGAUUACUUCAACUUGACCUGUUUCAGUAACAGUGCAAUAUUAUUUCAAUAACAUUUGUGCUGUGAAAGUGAAAAAGCAACCACACAUCACUGCAAUUUAAGCAGCAAGACAUAUCUAAAUAGCUGAACCAUUAAUCAGCAUUAUUUUAAGUUGUAAGCAGCUGCAGAUCGUAACACACACGGUGAAGGCCAAACAAUGCAGACACAGCCCUAAGCAGAACAGAAUCUGGACUCCUUCCACACAGGUCUUUUCAACACAAAGCUGAAUGUUUGCUUUUUUUAUUUGGGAACAAAUUCUUAUUUUUCAAACAAGCUCUGAUAACUGGAACUCAGAGUGUUAAGCUGCAAUUUACAGUCGGAUCUUUUCACGUUCAAACAGCUUAAGAAGCAGCCUGUGCACAGUCAGCCAAGCACACAAAGCAGGAGGAAAAAACAGAAGAGAACAGCAGGAUUCUUCGGCAACUAGAGAUAGAGAUUAGUGCAAGCUUUGGCCUUAGAAAGGAAGUGAGGCAGCAGAUGGAGUUAGACAACAGAAUUUACUAAGGAACAGAAAAAUCUCACGGCUUUUUUUUUUUUAAACAAGAAGCAAAGCAAAGAAGAAGGUCUUGAAAUACUUAGGAAAGCUUUCUGCUAUCAAAGUUCAGAUUCUAACUGAAACUUGUUAUUGCUGCGAUGAAAUCUGUUAUUGCCAAAAGCAGAAUGGAUCACAAAGCUGGAAGUUGCACACAGCGAGGCAGAAACUUCUACUGUGCUGAACAGAGUUCUAAGUACCCAAAUCCAAGUCUGCCUGCCCCUGAGAUGCUCAAGUUUCAAAUGAUUCUCAUUAGUAUCUGAACAUUUUUAAAAACAACAGCUCUUAAGGAAUGGAGAAGAACGUAAAACAUUGAGACUUCUGUAGCAGAACAUUCCAUUAAUGACAAGACAAUCUUUGAGUAAUAUAGUUAACUGACUCUUCACACAAGCGUUUUGCUUUUACAGUUCUGAAGCUGAUCUGUUUUUGAGUAGAUGGCACACUGCUGCAAAACGUUCCUGGAAAGACCCAUGAUUCUAAACCAUCUCCUUUUUAGAGCUGGUUACUUUAGUGCUGAUGCUUGAGUGAUUUUAUGGACUCUUCAAGCCACUAUUUUUGUCAAUUCCGCUCAAAAACCCAAAUGGAACAGCAGCAGUCAUUCAACUUUUGGAAGGACAUUUAUUUUUACCUUUAGAGAAAAACAUGGCUGCAUCAAGCAUCUGACUGGAAGGCACAGCUCAGCUAUGAGAUGCGAGAAGAAGCAAAGACUGAUGUUUCCAAAUGCUUUUCCCCACCCCAGCCAAAGCUUUGGUGUCUAAGGAGAAGGACUCACCCUGUGCUGCCUUCCAACGAAAGGAGACGAGCAGCUACUUGCCAUGGUGUUCGAAAGGAAUGCUAUUCUGAGGUAGGGGAAAAGACAGCAAUUUGUAACGGUUCCAAUGCCCCCAUUAUAAAGAUGUCUACAAAUAUCCAACCUAAAUUGGCAGUUGCAAACGUAUCUUUUGAAGAGCUCUGAUUUCAGAUUGCUAUCAGACAUUUCUACCAUAUUAAGAGAUAGGUACAAGGAACAAAUCAUUAGUCUUCAGAGAAAGCAGGUAUGAUCAGAAGAAAACAGAGUACGAUGCCUACUAAGAUACGUGUAUGGAGAAAGAUUUGCUCAUAAGGAGAUGGAAAUUGCAAAGGCACUGCGAGUAUGCUGCCUCUGCCCAGUGAAGUGGCACAGCACUUCAGUUUCUUGAUGCCAGUGUUGGCUCUGGUUUUCUAAAAACCUCUGUUUUCAAAGAGACCUGUUCAAAUAUUUCUUUGUGCAGCACUCCAAUCUCUUCUUCCAGAUAAGGAGAGAUAUCUCUGUUACCAACAGGAAUUAUAACAGCCUUGACUGUCAGGUGCUGAACGUGCCAAACUCAGGAGAAAAAAAACCCAAAGUAAUAUUGAGGAACUUACUGUGCACCGUGAGCAGUCCAACUGAAGCAGGCUUUCACAGGCCCAAACCUCUUGUGAAUGGAAAUGAAGGUUACUCACCUGCACCUACACUCCUGAGAUGAUCACUGCAUACUCACACUUUUGUGACGCAGUCUGUGCAGUCUGGACUGACAGAACUGAUUCAAAGCAGUGCUCAUAGGAAUCCUCAUGCCUUCUUCACUAAGUUUUUCUUUUAUGUUUCACAACUGCCUACACAUAGGAGACUUAGUGACUCAUUCAUAGAGACUUAGAGACUCAUUCACACCGUUUAAUAGUAUAAGAACCUUCAAGCAGCUGGUGUGACCCUCUGCCGCUCCUAUCACAACACUGCACUGAGAUGAGCAAUUUAGGUUUGCUUUGGCUCUGAACAUGCCACCUGGAAAGGAAUCCAGUUCUUUCUCACAAAUACAAAGGGAACAGAUGAUCCUCUGAUGAUCAGCCUUUCAGAGGCUGUCUCAGUGGCUGUCUUUGAUUAGAUCUCUGCAGCACUCCUCCCCAAAUCUAUUUUAACUCCGGACAACAGGAGCUUCAUGUAUAUUUUCUGCAUAAACUUCAGUUAGAACAAUAACUGUUGUUGCCAAAAUUCUGCUUCAACUAAAUCAAGGUGAUCUCUCAUCUUUCAGACAAACUAAAAAGACCAAGAUGAAACCUCACCAUACACCAUGUUCUCCCAAGCACAAUUUUCACAGCUCUUCUGUUACUUCUAGUUUCUCAGCAGUUCAAGAUACUGAAAAAUGAGCUGGACAACAUUCCAGCACCCAUCUCAUCCAUGAGAUGAAAAACCUUCCCUAUUCCUUUUCCUAUUUCCUAUUCCUAUUCCUAGUACUGCAUCAUAUACAUAUUCAAGGAUGAAAUUACACCCUUCCAUUAUGACAUCACAGACCUUCACAACACAGCACUGCAGCCUCCUCCAUCACUACCUAUCACAGAUGCAGUUUCCAUGUAUGAGACAAUAGGCUCCACUUCCUAAUUAUGACCAGAUUUUGGAGUCCUGCCUUACACCUUUUAUUUCAUUAGGCUUUAUGUGACUGCCCAGCUCUCACCACCAUUUAUCAUCAUCAAACCACCUUGAAAACCUGCAGUUUCUUAACUACUGCAUUCACUCUCUACCACCAGUAAAAGUACAAAUAGUGCUGCAGAACUUAUUUCACAGGUAACACUAAGUUUCACAACCCCUUUUUGGAGACGUGCUAGUUGGUAUUCGAAUAAACUCCUCUCACUGCUACAAAGCACUAAUAGCUUUAAUGGGGAUGACUGAGGUACAGUGCCUGGGAGGUGGAAAUAUGGCUGUGGUGCAUUUUGCUAUUCUUACCAGCCACUGGCUUUCCAUGAGUGUCAAAUUUCUCUAUCAGAUCUAUUUUUUUUGCAAUGGAAGUUUGGUUUGCACCAUCUACAUUCUUAACCUUUGUUUUCAGUUUCAGCCCAAACUGAUUUAAAACUAUUUGAGAAAACAAACAAACAAAAAGAGCAGGAUAGAUAAAAACAUGAAGUCAUCUUUACCACCACCACCUCACUCAGUGACACCUGCGUGUUUCCAUCACCCAGAGCUCAACAGCAGCAGCCCUUUCUCUGGGAGCGGAGAUUAUAGACGCAGUGCUGCCUCCAAAGCACCCAAGUAAGGUAACAAAAGGAAUCAAUCCCCUUAUAAGUAACAGAACAUUUAGAUUUUAACCCAAGGCAUCUGUAAACCCUGACAACAAAGUUUAAAAGUUGCUUUCUACCUGGAGUGUGGUCUAAGAACUUCCUGAGAAAGGAACACUGGUAGCUUAUUUUCUCAAGGUUCCCAAAGGAAACUAACAUAUCUGAAAGCAGACAUGGAUAAGCAGUUGCUGUUCUUUACUGUUUUCAUGAGAAGACAUUGAAUACUUUUUUUUUUUUUUAACCAAAUAUUCUUUUCACCUGCUCAAAAUUGUCCUUAGUAGCUUUGCCUUGCAAGCUGGAUACUUGCUAUAGCUGCAAAGUAAAAUUGAAGUCAACCUCUCUUGCCUUCUCAAUCUGACAGGCCCAUGGGAAGUUGUUCAGGUUAUAUUCUGGUUGCACACUGUUAUUCAGCCACCACUAAUGGUCAGCAGCUGCUCACUGCCUUGGUAAGAACUAAGGGAAAAUGACAGGUGAUGAAUGAUUAAUAUAACAAACCCAGAGAAGAACCAGACUGGCUGCUAUUGUAAGGAAGUCAAAUUCCAUACUUGGAGUGAUUCCAUGCUUGAAGCAGAGUGCUCAAGGGUGGGUACAGAGAUAUGCAAUCUCACCACAAAUUAUAUAGCUGGCAAUUUAAGAUCACUCAAAAAAAACGCCAUCCAUAUUCCUACACAAUCUCAAGAGUAUGCUUAUUUUACAAAUUAGACAAUCAAAACUCAUCUGCAAGCCCAUCUGUGUGUUUCAAACCUUGUAACACACAAAAAAUGCAAUGUGUGUGCUGAGCU